CGCUUUUCAUUUUGUAAAGGUAACAGAUGAGUAUUUACUGAAUUCGAUGUAUAAUGCAGACUGCAGAUACAGAUGACACUGUGUUAAAAUCGAUAGGAGAGGGAUGAUUUAUGAAGAGCAGAUGGAAUUUCUGGUAGGAUGUGUGUAUCAUCCUUGUGUAUCACAUUUCAUCAUUAACGAGAUAAUUGUCAUACACUCUUGUGUUUCAAGGUAAAACGUCUGACUGAAAGACCCUGAAGUUAUGACGAACAAGAAAAAGUACGCACUGCGACUCGGAGCAUUUGCCGCCUUGGCUCGUUCAGACUUCGAUAUAGAAAUAAUCAUCUCCUCAUUAACAGAGAACAGCUGUCACUUUGAUUGUCUUAAUUAGCAGACACUUCACUUCCGGUUCGUCUCCUUUUUCCCCUUGACGUGCCAGGAUAUGGUUUCACUAAUUGCCGACAUACACAGAUUGUAGGCUUUCUUACAUUUGUUAAAUUAAUAUCGUACUUUUCACGAGAGUUAAAAGGAAUCUGACAAGUUUAAAGCUGGAAAUGGCCACUAUUCAUGCGAUAUUACGGCGCAGAAUCUUCAUUACUAUUACUCUUUGAGGACUGGAAUCAACAAUUACUGUAGCGUACUAUGAUAGGAUAUGUGCUUGAGAUUACAAUGUAGAUAUAUAACAUGUAUUUUGUUCAUCAGAGUACGACAACCGUAUAAUUACGAACACUAUACAUCAACCCGUGAUCGUUGCCGAUUCUCGACCAACCUCAGUUUUACGACAACAUAUCACGUGAUAUGACUACCAUAAAGUGCCGGAUUUUGUGUUUGAUCUGUCUAAGGAUUGUUAUACAUCUUCGAUCUUUUGAGGUUAGAAAUCUCUGAAGGUACCGUCAACAUCAUCAGAAAUGUUUUUUCUAUUUUCUGUUAUGGCAUCGCUUGGUUCAUAAAAUGAUGUUCAAGCUGCACACUCCUCUGCAAGCCACAGACAAUGCGACUGAUGAAACGUCUACAUCCAGACGAAGAGAAGAGGAAAUAUUUAAUGUGUUCUUCACAUGGUUUCUCUGAGAAAGAAAAAAAAAGAUAACUAGUUUGACGGUUACUUGGAGUCUGUGUGUAUGCUGCCCGGAAAGUCACGAGAAGACACGAGAAGGAGAGUCAAUAGUUUAUCACCUCCAAGCCUGACCGCCGGUGUCAAUAUGGAAAUUAAAACAUAAAUAAAUAAUACAUUGUACUGCAUUGCUUAACGCAUUGUCCUAGAAGACAUCAGGGAUUUUUAAUUUGUGUUCACGAGUUUGAAGUUGAUUAAAAUGGAUAGGGAUAUUAAUCAGCACGUGCUUGUGAAUGCAAUGGAGUCGGAAUUCACUGACGAAAGUGCUUGUGAAAAUUAUUCACAGUCUGAUAUAGAGGAUACCUUGACGGAUCAAGGUCGGUUUGAGAGCGGGUCAAGGUCGUCCUUGUGUGAAAUUCACGAUGAAUUGAAUUCCAAGAGCAAGUCCAGCACUGAUGACUCGGACACGACGAUUCGAGAGGCGACUUCACAACCCGGGCCAUUAACCGGGGAACAGACUACACCCACUGGAUCCGUGGCAACGGAAUCGGCACUGUACGAAACGCCCUUCACUUCCGUCAGCGGGUUUGAUGUUUAUUUAACGGCGUUUGAGGAAAGUUCACAUUCGCUUGACAAGGUUCUGAAAUUCAACAAUCUCACAGAAAUUCCGGCAACAACGUCAAAUUUCAAACCUCCAAAAGACCCUGUGUCUAUAAGAGAAUCCGAAUUGUUUCAAUCUCAGAAACCACAGUCCCGUAGCGGAAAGGGAGGGGAGCGACUCGGCUCCACCGGCAAAUGCACCCCGAAGAAAACAAUGCCUUCUCCUCCCAAAAGUUUACCGGUGCCUGGGUACGAAGGUAGUAAAAUACCACCUGUAAAAUCCAAAAAUCCAAAUGGAUCUCUCAAAUCUGGAAGUUUUCAGGCGAUCUCCAAGGGAAUAAAAGGAGGUACUAAAGCCUUGUUAAUACAGAAGGCGAAGAACAAAAUCAUCAUGUUAAGGGUUCUGAAGGAGCUGAAAGGAAAGACUGCUUUUCGUCCAAUAGCGGAGGAGGGCGAGAAGGCGGAAACCGUGUCAGAUAAAAAAACUGCCAGUGAGAAGGAUACCGAGAGCGAUGAACACGAGGCAUUCCAACAACUUCAAAGUCAAGCCAAGGUCACACGUCCCGAACCCGCCAAGUUCCUCAUCCUCCAUUACUCACCUUUCAAGGCGGUGUGGGAUUGGAUCGUGUUAUUUCUUGUAUUAUACACCGCAGUAUUUACGCCAUACUUCGUGGCAUUCAUCCUAAACGAAGACGAGGCUAAAAUGAGACUACAUCGAGAUUCUGCCACGAGACUUCAGCACGCAGAGACAAUAAAAACAGACCCCCUUGUUCUUAUAGACCUCAUAGUCGAUCUAAUGUUUAUAGCGGAUAUUUUAAUUAACUUCCGGACGACGUAUGUUCAAAGUGGAGAAGUGGUUAUAGAUCCACAUAAAAUUGCCAACAACUACAUCAAGGGCUGGUUUAUUAUCGAUUGUGUAGCUGCUCUACCCUUUGAUCUUUUACUCUUUGGAUCAGGAAAUAGUGAUAGAAUGACCAUCACUGGAAUCCUUAAAUUAGCCCGCCUUCUACGUCUGCUUCGUGUUCUGAGGCGGAUCGAACAAUUCGCAGCCUAUGGAGCGGCAGUGCUGAUGCUGUUAAUGGUAUCCUUCACUUUGAUUGGUCAUUGGCUCGCUUGUAUUUUCUACGCCAUUGCCUACAUGGAACGCCCCCAUUUGCCAGAACGAAUCGGGUGGUUGGAUUCACUAGCGGAUGCCUACAACAUGCCAUACCUCCCUAAUGAUACGAUGAGCGGCCCACCCAUCCGAACACGCUACAUCACUGCCCUGUACUUCACGUUCACCAGCCUGACUAGCAUCGGGUUCGGGAAUGUGGCACCGAACACUAACGCCGAGAAAAUUUUCAGCAUCUUCGCGAUGUUACUUGGAUCACUUUUGAGCGCCGCCAUUUUUGGAAACGUCUCUUCUAUCAUGCUGCGUAUGUAUCAAGGAUCGGACGACUAUCAAGAGCGGGUAUCCAGUAUCAAAGAGUUCAUAAUCUUCCAUCACUUGCCUAAAAACUUGGCCACCAGACUGCAAGAGUCUUUCCAGCACGCCUGGGCUUACACGAAUGGGGUGGAUAUGGGAAACGUUCUGAAGGGAUUCCCUGACUGUUUACAGUCUGAUAUCUGUCUACACCUCAAUAAAAACUUACUGACCAACUGUCAGGCUUUUAAAGGGGCGAGUCCAGGAUGCUUACGAUCAUUAUCAUUGAAAUUCAAAACCACGCACGCGCCCCCUGGCGAUACCCUGAUACAUCCGGGGGACAUCCUGACCGCCAUUUUCUUUAUGGCUCGGGGAUCCGUGGAAAUUAUGAAGGACGACACAGUGAUGGCUAUCCUGGGAAAACAUGAUAUAUUUGGUGCUGAUAUGAAAGACUCUGACACUGCGGGACAGUCCCUUUAUUUUGUGCGGGCCUUGUCUUACUGUGACAUCAACAAAAUAGAACUGGACGAUUUGAAGGAAGUGUUACAAACUUAUCCAGAAUUUGCAGAGCAAUUCAUCAAGAAGUUUCAUGUGACCUUUGAUCUUAAAAAGGGAACACUACUGGAGAGAAAAUAUAAAUCAAAGAUUGAAGAUGAAACAUUGAAAUUCAUUCGUCAAAAACGUCCCAGAAUGCAAUGCAAAGGCCGCUCUAUGGAUGCUGGAUCUGACUCACGGCGGCGGAAAAGCUAUGCUAGACAAAGAAUCAACACUGAUACAACCGGGAAUGACGAGGAACAUGUGGGGAUUCUGGAAUUUUCUACUGAGCAGGCGACAGAAGACGUUGACAUCGAGGAGUAUGACGUCACAGAAACCAGGAAAAACUCAGCUGCGUCAGUGUCAGGUGGUGCCAUGACCAACUUUUUUUCCGCCGUCACAGCAGUGUCCAGAAUUAACAAAGUUUCUAAAUCCAAGCGUCCAACCAUGACAUCGAAAUGGGGCGCGGUUAGGUCCGAAUUCAUGACAGACAAACACACGGUAGACAAAGAAACUGGUGACCAGCGUGACCACAACUCGCCAAUGGAAUCUACUGCAACGUCCUACACGCCAAAAUCCCUCUCCAGCUCCGGUCCGCAACUGACUACUAUCGACUACGACGUUCCCAAGCAACGAGAAAAUCGUGACUGCGGUCACGUGACUAGUGAUAUUGACAGCAAACUUAACUCUCUUCAUCAACGAAUGAGUGCAUUUGAAAAUGAACUUUUCACAACAGUGGAUGCUAUCUUAAAAAUUCUUGGACAAAAGCCAAAAUUCCCUCGUGAUACUCAAAAUGCUGAUAUUGUUAUGCAUCCGUCCGCCAAAGUGAGUGACAUCGGCAAUAGUUCAAAAACGAAAGGAGCCCGAUUGAUUAAAACUGUGAAUGACUUAGAUCGUGUGUUUGCAAACAUAUGAAAUAAAACACUGCAAUAUA